UGUUCGGCACAACAGUUCUAAGGACUAGCUGCAGUCAGUAUUUCAGUGGGAUGUUUCAGCUUUUCUAGGUUCAGAUGGCUACACCACUGAGCGGUGCUGUCGAGUAGAGUCGUGUGUUCAUUUCAGCCCCUAAUUCUGAUGGAACAAACAGGAAUUGGCGAAAGGUUUAAAUUAAAACGAAGGUACUUUUGUCAAUUUCCCUCGUUAAACUGCCAGCCUUCAUGUAAAUGGCGUUGAUCUGUGAAGUUUCAGGUUUAAACCCUCUCACUGAGACAGAACAGGAAACGCGGUGACAUCUGCUGGAAACGCAAGUAUUAACAUGAGAUUUCCAGUAUUUUGCUUUUGUGAUGCAGCCUUGGUUUAACAUUGCACCCAAAGGCAGCACCUACAGACCAUCAAUACUACAUUUGAGUGUCAACCAUGCUUUUGUGCUCAGAUCUCUGGAGUGGAUGUGUUCCUCCGUCUUGGAGUUGAGGAAGGGAUAUGGCAGGAAGGUCUUUGAGACCAAUCAGUAGGCUUGUUUGAACUAAUUACUGUUCAUAAAAAUUCCUAUGUCAUUGUGCAUCAUUUUACUCCAUUGCAACUCAAAGGCAUGUACUAUAAUCAAGAUUUCCAUAUUGGCAUUUGGAAGUUUCAGGUUUACAACCGAAGUAGCAGCUAAUGAUCUGCUGAAAACAGAUUUCUUUAUAUACCUUUCAAACAAGUGACAGUGGAGGAGAGACAGUGGGGAAAAGGGAAGUGGGCUAGUUAUUGGUGAAGGAAGAGUUUGAGUUAGCAGAGAGUGGAAGCAGGAGACGACGCUCAAGCAAACUCUGUUCUUGCUGCAAGCGUCGGGAGUGAUGUCUGUGGUCAAGAGUGACUCUGUGGGAUGGCUACUGGAUCACCAAGCCUACAUCAACCAGUCGUACAGAUGCUGCCAUCACAUUCCACCUGAUACCCGAUGCUGUCGAUACAUUUUCAAGGCAGCAUAUUUUGACAUUGAGAAGCCCCAUAUUGGUGACACAGAAUCAAAAGAAGACCAGGAGCCAGUGGGUGGAGAUUCAAGACCAAAAGGCAGAAAGCGCAAGAGGAAAAGUCAUGCACUGAACCAAGGAGAAGUAGACGCAGAAGAAUACCACAAACAGGUCAGCCUGACUAUUCGGAAUGGCACUAGAAAGCUGAUAGAGCAAAGCACAGUCUCAAGGAUACCAGUUGGAAGAGAAUGCAUUAAGAGACAAAUCACUCCAGUGGCUGCCGACUCUAUGUUGGUGGAGCUCUGCUCAAUGGCAAAGCAGAUGACACGUGAGCAAUGCCACUCCGUGCAGGUAAUUAGCAAUGAGGCAGAUUCCAUAACAAACCUGAAUCUGCUCGGCCACCUUACUGAGAAUAGCACAGACUGUGCAAGAAUUGUGAUGUUGAUGGGGCAGAGGUACUUACUUCCACCACACUCUAGCUUCCUCCUGUCAGACAUCUCCUGCAUGGAACCCCUCUUGGGCUACAAAAAAUAUGACGUGAUUACUUUGGAUCCACCCUGGGAAAAUAAGUCAGUCAAGAGAAGCAAAGGCUACAGUCACCUCUUCCCUUGGCAGAUCCAACAGAUUCCUGUGCCAGCACUCUCAGCUCCAGGCUGCCUGGUGGUGAGCUGGGUCACCAAUCGGCAAAGACACCUGCGCUUUGUCAAGGAAGAGUUAUACCCUAGCUGGUCCGUUGACGUAGUUGCAGAGUGGCACUGGGUGAAGGUAACCCGGCAUGGAGAGUUUGUGGUCCCUUUAGAUUCCACCCACAAGAAACCCUACGAGAUCCUGGUUCUCGGCAGGUAUAAAGGAAGCCCAGAAAGACAAAAUGGAGAACAUGUCACUGAAACAAUCACAGUGCCUGACCACAAGCUGCUGGUCAGUGUUCCCUGUCUCCUUCAUUCCCACAAGCCACCAUUAGGGGAGGCACUGAAAGGAUUGACUACUCCAAACCCUGAAUGCCUGGAUCUGUUUGCCCGAAAUCUGCAGCCCGGAUGGACCAGCUGGGGGAACGAAGUACUUCGAUUUCAACAUUUGGACUACUUCCAGGAGUUAAGCACAGGAGGAGAUAGUGACUGCUGUAUUCUCAGACAGUCAUCUGCACAAGUCAUUUCUCCUUCUUGUUAACAGCAUCAGUGCUAUCACGGUGGGUUCUUGCAAAGAAUGAAACGGGGU